GCUCUACCAUCCGUCUUAUUUGCUUUUAUUGUCGCUAAUGUAUUCGGUAUUGUUCGGUUAUUGUUGACAGCAAAUUAUCCACCAGAAAACGACACAGGAAUCAAUUAUUCACCAGAAAAUGACAUAGGAAACUACACGGACGACGACGAGGAAGGGACUAUUUUCCCGAAAGCAUCCAACGAAGAUAUUGGAAAGUACGAGAAACAACUCGAUGAAGUGGACGAUAAUGAUCCUGUACUCAUCAUCUCUCCAAAUCACAAUUGGAUAAAUCAACAUACGUUUCAACAUUAUCAAAAGGUGAUGGAUGCAUUUGCGACAAAUAAUCUCCCAGCAGAUAUGCGUAGAGAUGAAAAUUCGCUCUGUAUAUUCCACUUUUCAGACAUGAACGAUCUCUACAAAGUACGCGAAAACGUUUGCAGACUUCACCGCAAUGCGUUUUUCAACCCUAACGUUAAACCUCAACAGGAGCCAGUUGGUACCGCUUGGUUACUUACUAGUGUGAGAAAACGUAAAAGUGAUUUUGGUGAAGAUAAUAGGUUCUUCGUAACUUUUUAA